AUGGUGUAUACUGCUGGAGACAGUGCCGGAGACAGUGCCGGAGGCAGUGCCAGCGACAAGAACUCGUGCAUAGUAGGAGUGGAUACCAAAAAUCUGAUAGCUCAGAGGCUGCUGCAAUUGAGCCAUGAAGGUAAAGUAGCAUAUGGAGGUUUUGUGAAGACAGCCAAGGCAUUUGGAGUGAGCAGGAAGACAGUACAUAGAAUAUGGGCAGAGGCCAGCAACCAAAUCCAGCUUGGAGUACCUGUGAGCAUACAAGAUCGUGUUAGAGGAUACAAGCGCAGUGAUAGAGUUCAGAUAGAUUCAAACAGAGUAAGAGCUCUUUCAUUCCUUGAAAGAUCUACCAUCCGCAAACUGGCUUUCAAACUGGAGUUAAGUAAGAGUGCAGUGGGAAGAAAGGUUAAAGCAGGGGAACUGAGGCCACACACAAAUGCGGUGAAGCCCCUACUUACUGCCGCAAACAAGUUAGCAAGAAUGAAAUGGGGUCUCAUUCAUGUCCAGCCUCUGGUGCACAAUGGUAUGCUCAAAUACCACACAAUGCACAAUGUAGUACACAUAGAUGAAAAAUGGUUUUUCAUGACCAAGGCUACAGAUAGAUAUUACCUGCUGCCAGAUGAAGAAGAACCAUAUAGGUCAUGUAAGUCAAAGCGGUUUAUCACAAAGGUGAUGUUUAUGUGUCCUGUGUGCAGACUAUGCUUUGGAGAAGAUGGAGAUGUCAUAUUUGAUAGAAAAAUAGGCAUCUUUCCAUUCACAACAAAAGAGCAAGCCCAAAGAAAAUCGAAGAACAGAGCAAAAGGCACCUUGGAGACAAAACCAAUUCAAUCUGUGAACAAGGAAGUCAUGAGAGACUGCCUUAUCCACAAGUCAGUUGCAAACACUGAUGGCUUCAAAUUCCAUAUCAUUUGCCAACCAGCCAAUUCCCCAGAUUGUAAUGUGUUGGAUUUAGGUUUUUUCAGAGCAAUACAGUCUAUACAAGAUGACAAACUGGCCAGGGGAGUGGAUGACUUGUUGAGCAAUGUGCAAAGCUCAUUUGAAGAACUUAGUGCACAAACACUCAACAAAGUGUUUCUAACUCUUCAAACUUGUUUAACAGAGAUCUUGAAAGUGGAAGGGGGAAAUGGCUACAAAACUCCACACAUUAACAAAGAUAGGUUGUCAAGGUUAGGAAUACUACCACAGACUCUAGAGAUUGAAGAAAAUGUUGUCAAGGCUGCAGUGACAUAUCUACAACAGAGUGAAAAUGAUGCUGGGACAGCAUAUGACAUCUCACAUAUAUGUAGGGCUGUAGGUUUCUAA